AUGCUGUACAGUGUGGAGUCCGAGGAAGAAGCAACGAAACUUGUGAAUGAUGUUCGCUCCAUCUAUGCUGAAGGUGGGUUCGAAAUUUGUGGAUGGUUGUCGAACUCUCAGAAAGUACUGGCGUCGUUGGGCGAGAACAGAAUAGGCCAGAAGAAGCUAAACCAGAUCGAAGAUUUGGGGACCGAAAAGGUACUAGGGUUGUGGUGGGAUACAGGCAGCGACAUUUUAACGUUCAAAACCCCAAAGCGGUGUGGACAAUAUUUGCUACCUGGUCAGCAGGUGCCUACAAAACGAGAAGUUCUUCGUACUCUGAUGUCAGUUUUCGAUCCCAUAGGGCUGCUGGCGAAUAUAUUGAUGUAUCUCAAAACGUGGCUUAAUGUAUUACGGGAGGUGGAAUCCGUUGCUGCUCCUCGAUGCUACCGAAUAGCGACAAGCUCUAUAGUCGAAACCAACGAGAUCCAGCUGCAUGUUUUUGUCGAUGCCAGCGAAAACGGUUACGCAACUGUUGCCUACUUUCGAUACGAAGACGGAGGUGUAAUAGAAUGUGCAUUCGUAGCGGCUAAGACUCGAGUGGCCCCGUUGAAGUACGUGUCUAUUCCCCGGUUGGAACUCGAAGCGGCAAAGAUCGGUAUGCGUCUAGCGCAUAGUAUUGGAGAAACUCACCGCAUAGCGCCACGGAGACGGUUUUUCUGGUCUGAUUCGCGAGACGUGUUGUGUUGGUUGCGUUCAGAUCAUAGAAGAUACAGCAAAUUUGUAGCGGCAAGAGUUGGCGAAAUACUGGAAAACACUGACAUAUCGGAGUGGUUCUGGAUUUCAACAAAACUAAACGUGGCGGACGAAGGCACGAAAUGGCAGAAGAUCCCGGAUCUCUCACCAUCAAGUCGGUGGUUCCGGGGACCGGACUUUCUGUGGCAACGGCAGAGCGCAUGGCCAGAUCAACCGGAGAGUCAUGGAUCAACUGACAACGAGAUGAACCUGGUUAUAAACAUCCACGCCCACCGUGUUCCAGUCAUAAAUUUUUCCAAAUACUCCACCUGGGAAAAGCUUGUACGGAUUGUCGCAUACGGCCUGCGAUUUUACAAGAAUCUUCGUUGA